AUGUCCUCCGUCCUCCGUCGUCGAGACGCGAACGACGUUGCUGCCACUGAGCCCGGAUUCAGAGUUAGGAAGAGCGACACACCUGCAAGCAUCGACAUUCCCAAUAGCUAUGUCUCCUGGCCUCUCAAGAACCAGAAGCCUCUGCCUCUGGUCACCCUUGGAAAUCUCUUCAAAAACAUGCAGCGGUUGAGCCUCGCCAUUACUCCCUCUGUCGCCAUCUAUGCCCUUUUUCACGAUCAAGAUGCAGUUGCAGACACUUGCCUGGAGCGUAUCACUGCUGGCUAUCACCAACAUUUCCUUGCUGUGGUGCGCAUCGGCGCAGCCCAAGGCUCGUCAAGCGGUGAUGCCGUGAUCGCCGCGUCCACCAUCGCUACACCGACACCGACCUCAACCCGUACCACGCGCACAUCGGCUUCUGGUGCUCCCCACGUAGGCUGGAUGAGCAUCAAGCCACGGUAUAAGCCUACUUGCUGGUCCUCGGGUGCGGCUUGGUGCCACCCGCCGCCGCUCGCCGGGCUUGGCUGGGGCGACUGGAGAGGUGUAUACUUCUUCGUGGGUGCUGCCUGCCUGUGGUAUGUCCACCGUCCUAUUUUCUGCGUCAGCUCGCUCGCGCACUGGCUCUGCAAGACGCAAUUCGACGAUAAUCACACGGCGCGCGAUCACUUCACCACCGUACUCGUCACCGUCGGCGAGAGCUAUCAUAACUUCCACCACCAGCUCCCGAUGGACUACCCGAAUGCAAUCAGGUGGUACCAAUAUGACCCGACGAAGUGGCUCAGAUGGGCGUUCCCGGAGAGCAAAGUCAAGACGGGACAGUUGACAAUGCAGCUGAAGCAGCUGUGGGCGAUGCAGGACGGCCUUGCUCAGGCGUGCGACAUCGAUGAGCUACGACGAGAGAGCUUGCAGGAACAGUCGGUUGAGCGUGUACCCGGCAUCAUCGCCGACUUCCUGGACGAGCAUUUUUGCGGGUACCACCUGCCAGUGAACUAA